AUGUCGCUGGACGUGUUGAAAAAUAUCCCUCUUCCCUCCAUCGACCGCCCUUUUGGGAUCCAGCUAUGGCCCAUCUUCAGCAAGGCCUUUGAGAAGGUCGUGGGGUACCCUGCUGACGACUUCCGCUUCGUCGCCGGUGUCACCCCGAUGUCGACCUUCAAGGAGACGGCCGCCGCUCUGAUCACCUACUAUGUCGUCAUCUUUGGCGGUCGCGAGGUGAUGAAGCGGUUCCCCGCGCUGAAGCUCAAUGGCCUGUUCAUGAUCCACAAUCUCUACCUGACCGCCAUCAGUGCGAUCUUGCUGGCCCUCUUUAUUGAGCAGCUGUUGCCCACGGUGUACCGGAAUGGCAUCUUCUUCGCUAUCUGCCGUCAUGAGGGUGGUUGGACUCAGCAAUUGGUGGUCUUGUACUAUCUCAACUACUUGACCAAAUACCUUGAACUCCUCGACACCGUCUUCCUGUUCCUCAAGAAGAAGCCUCUGACGUUCCUGCACACCUACCACCAUGGCGCCACCGCCCUCCUGUGCUACACCCAGUUGAUCGGCUUGACGGCCGUGUCGUGGGUUCCGAUCACGCUGAAUCUGACAGUCCACGUGGUCAUGUACUGGUACUACUUCCAGAGCGCCCGUGGCAUCCGCAUCUGGUGGAAGGAGUGGAUCACCCGUCUCCAGAUCAUCCAGUUUGUCAUUGACCUUGGGUUCGUCUACUUCGCUUCGUACACCUACUUCGCGUACACCUAUUUCCCCUGGGCGCCCAACAUGGGCAGCUGCGCGGGUGAAGAGUUUGCGGCCUUCUCUGGCAUUGCCAUCCUGAGCUCGUACCUCCUGCUGUUUAUCUCGUUCUACCUGGCGACGUACAAGAAGACGGGCAAGGGCGGACGGCCGCGUCGGAACACGGGCAAGCAGGCUGCGAUCGAGAUGAAGAACUUUGAGGUUCCGUCCGUGUCCAGCUCGCUGACCAACGGCAGCGCCAAGUCCAACAAGACCAAUGGCUCUGCGGUGUCGUCUGCUCGUCAGAACGGACCCGUGACGCGGUCUCGCAAGGCUUAA